AUGGAGGAACUGAAGCCCACGGAAUCGGAGGCACCGUCAUUUAGCAGAGGCUUGGGGCGGUCAAGGAGUUUCUCUGUGGAUGGCACUCCCGUAAGAGAGUUCAAGAACUCAGAGUCAAUUGGUGUUCCAUUCCCAAAGAAUCAACCAAUGAGAAUAUACUCUUCUCUUUGGAAUGCUGAUGACUGGUCUACUAGAGGUGGACUUGUGAAGACAGAUUGGACUCAAGCUCCUUUCACUGCUUCCUACAGAAACUUUAAAGCUGAUGCUUGUGUUUGGUCUAAUGGUGCAUUUUCUUGUACUUCAAACUCACCUUCUUCUUCAUCCCUCUCAAGAGCUUGA